AUGUGGAUCAACUCCUCCGGUUCGGGUGUAUUGGUAAACAUAGCAGUCAUCGACAUCUCUGUCAUCUCGUCAGAUAUCUCCAAAUCCUCAGGAACACUUUGUGACAAAACCGAUUUCGUACUGCGUUUCGCCGGAGUGGGCCGAUCCGCUGGAAUGGGUCUCUCAGGUAGUGAACCUAUGGGGUCAACUGGAAAGUUCAAGCGUGGGGCAAAACCAGAAAGUGACGGUUCUAGGAUUGGGUUUACCGCCGCCAAGGACUCAAGUAGAACAUUCCAGUGGAGUUCUGGCUGGAGCAAAAAAUCUUUCCAAUCGAACACUGUAAUAGGUAAAAGUGUCCCCCAGGUGGCGCUGAUAUGGCUCCUACAAAAAAAUGUGGUGUCGUCAGUGAUAAUCGGUGCAACCUCAAUCAAACAAUUGGAAGACAACAUGGGAGCCGGUAAAGGCUGGGCGCUUACCACGAAGGAGAUGGAUGAACUAGAUAAAGCUUCAAGCGUGGAUCUGCCUUAUCCCUACGAGGUGGUAUUCCGAAUCAAUAACGACAGGAAGAACCCAUUCCUCGGAACGUUGUUUGCGGAAAAUAUACAAUAG